AUGGAGCCACUAUUGGACAGGAACAACUUCGCCAUCAGCGCGAUGGUGACCGUCGCCAUGCAGAUACUGUUCUUCACCGUCGCCUCGCUGUCGCAGAGCGAUAAGCUGACUGACUUUACUGGCGGCGCGAACUUCAUCAUCAUCGCGCUGCUUACGUUCUUCCUCGGCCAGGGCGGCAGCCAUUUAAAGAGCUACGACAGCAGGCAAUUGAUGGUGACGGCCUUCGUGUGCGUGUGGGGCGCCCGGCUGUCCAUAUACCUCAUCUACAGGAUAUACCACAUAGGCAGGGACAAGCAGUUCGAAGACAGAAAGAGCAACACGCUACGUUUCGCCGUGUUCUACACCUUUCAGGCAGUUUGGGUGUACGCGGUCAGCCUGCCGGUUAUAAUAAUGAACUCGCCCCAUCACUCAUUCCCUAAAGCGCCGAAGACUAUGACCACGUUAGACUCGGCAGGCGCCGGGAUUUUCGUCAUCGGCCUUCUGAUAGAAACCUACGCGGACCUGCAGAAGUUCGCGUUCAGACAGGAGCCCGCCAACCAGGGCCGCUGGUGCAACGACGGCCUAUGGCGUCUCUCCAGACACCCGAACUACUUCGGCGAAGUGGUCCUCUGGUGGGGCAUCUUCAUCAUAUCCCUGAACGUGAUCGAGGGCGUGGAGUACGUGGCCAUACUAUCUCCACUGUUCACCACGGCGAUAAUACUGUUCCUCUCGGGAAUACCGCUGCUAGAACGCUCCGCGGACGAGAAGUACAGGGACAACCCCGACUACCUCUACUACAAGGCGUCCACCUCGCCGCUGAUACCCAUACCGCCCGCCAUCUACGUGGAGGUGCCGCGGUUCCUCAAGUUCGUGCUCUGCUGCGAGUAUCCCAUGUACGACUCCACGGGCGACGAGUUCCCGGCGCCGACGAUAGUCACCGAGACCACCAGCGUGUCGAUGGUGCAGUCGCAGACA